UGAUUAUGCCAAGCAAUAUGAAGGAGAGACAUUAUCUGUUGUGCAUUUCUGGCGGUGUAAGCAACUGUGAUUAUAACAAGCCUGCAAUAGAUUCAAGACUCAGUAAAAUGGCUCCCUUGUCCAGUGGGAAACUGAUUUUCGUGAUAAUAACCACGACUUCAGGAAUGGUUCAUCCGGAGCUUCAACAAGCAAUACCCGACGAACCUUUUGCGUCCAAGUCUUUCGUUCUGCCGCCUCGAUACGAAAGUGGAUACCGCAACUGCCGCGAAAUACAGCAGGAAGGCAAAUUAACGAGUGACGGCGUUUACAUCAUCUAUCCACACGACAGCAGUCCUCAUCGUCCCGUGGCCGUCUUUUGCGACAUGGCGACGGAAGGCGGAGGUUGGACUGUCAUACAGCGAAGGGAGAGCACGAUCGGAAAAGAAAAUUUUAGUCGAACUUUCCUCGAGUAUGGUCUGGGAUUCGGUGACCCGGAGCGGGAUCACUGGCUUGGCUUAGAUCACGUCCACGCGCUCACGAACCAGGGACACAACCAGAUACGAAUCGACAUGACGGAUUUCUACGGCAACGAGACCUGGGCUGAGUACGACUUUUUCUACGUGGGUGAGAGGGACAGACGAUACACUCUCGAGGCCAAGUAUUACAGAGGAGAUGCUGGGGAUUCCCUCUCCUUUCACAGCGGGAAGGAUUUUCAGGAUAAUAUGUACAGCGCUUCCCAUGAAUCCCUGGGCGGUUGGUGGCACGGGAGGGACAGGAAAUGCAAUCUCAAUGGGGUCUUUUGGGGUCAGAGUAAACAAUGUGAUUCUGGCGUCUUCUGGAGCACCGGCGAUCGCUGCCUCGCUCUCAACACCACGGCUAUGAAGAUCAGACCGAACUACUAACUCUGAACGGAGAUAUGGAAAGAGAGAAGAGAGAGAGAGAGAGUCAUUGAUCUUGCUAAGGCUAAAGGAGGAGCAAAGCUGACACUCUACCCCCGCUGUAGUCUCAGGCCCAUAGCCCUAGUCCGUCCUGAUCCCGGAACCUAAUCCUUGUUUGGUGAUCUUCGAAUUGCUGGUCACCUCGGCCGGCAAGGCUUCGUGCAUUACGAGCGCGUUGACCCCGGGUUUGCUGGAACAUCAGGCCGGAAGUUGCGGGUGCUAUAUUCCUCCCGAAACUUCAGUAAUUACCAGUUUAUUUAUGAUGUUAAAUAAUGAUCUGUUUAUUUUAUGAUAU